AUGGGACGAAGUAAAACUAAGUUUAAAUGUGUGCUUACCUUGCUACUACUGUUUGUAAUGUUUGACACCAACUGGCUGAGUGGUGCUAUGACAUACGCAGCCGAGACCGUCGUGUGUAUCGCUGACGGUUGUCUACAAGGUACAGUGAUGGAAAGUAGUAACGGCGUGUCAUAUCCAGCGUUUUGGGGAAUUCCCUAUGCUAAACCUCCGGUUGGCAAGCUUCGGUUUGCGAACCCACAACCGAACGACCCAUGGCAGGGUAUAUACCAUGCGUCGAGGUCAAAGAAUGCGUGUAUCCAGAAGGUUACGCUUGUUCCGACCGCGCCAAUGUUUGGUACGGAAGAUUGCCUGUAUUUGAACGUGUUCGUACCUGUGCUGGAGGCACGUCAUUCCAGCCUUCUUCCCGUGAUGGUGUACAUCCACGGCGGUGGUUUCCUGUACGGUUCAGCCCAACAGGAACAACGUGACCCUUCGCGGUUCAUGUCCUCUCGUAAGGUGAUCAUGGUAACGUUCCAAUACCGACUGGGUGUGUUUGGGUUCCUCUCGACUGGCGACGGGUCUGCGCCGGGUAACUUCGGCAUGAAGGAUCAAGUAAUGGCACUGCGCUGGGUGAAGAAGAAUAUCCAUGCGUUUGGUGGUGAUCCAAAUCGGGUCACGAUAUUCGGUGAAAGUGCCGGAGGCGCAUGCACGCAGUUUCAUUUGCUGAGCCCACUUAGCCGCGGACUGUUCCAUCGCGCCAUAACCAUGAGCGGCAGUGCACUCGCUAGCUGGAGCGUUCCGAUUGAAAAUCCGCUCCGUUUGGCACGCAACCAGGCGAAUGUGCUCGGCGUACUGUCCGCGGAAGAACUUUCGAUGGCGGAACUGGUUGAGCAGCUUCGGGAUGUGGAUGCGGCUGAGCUGACUGCUAGCACCGAGCUCUUAAAACUGUGGGACAUUCAUCCCAUCACUUUGUAUCAUCCCGUUGUAGAGCCAGCGGAAGAACCGGAACCCUUUCUGUCAGAAGACCCUAGAACUGCCUGGCGCCGGGGUGACUAUGCGAAUGUUCCCUGGCUCACCGGAAGUAUACCGACCGAUGGUUCGAUCGUCACACAAACGAUCUAUCGGAACAGUUCGCUAGUCGUGGAUUUUGAUGAGAAAUUUACCAAACUUUUGCCACUGAUACUCCGAACUCGCGUGACGAAAGAGAAACUUGCGCGGAUAAGGAAACGCUUCUUAAAGAAAACUUCACCAACUAAGUGGGUUACCCACGAUAACUAUGACGAGAUCACCAAGAUGUUAUCGGAAGCCUGGUUCCUGUAUCCGAUGGUGAAAAGCAUUAAGCAACAUCGAGCCAACCGGAAGCGUCCUCCAACCAGCGUCUACUCCUUCCAGUUCCUUGGCCGUUACUCAUUCUCGAAGCUUUUCACCGGUUCAGACAAAUCGUAUGGUUUAAGCCAUCCGGACGAUAUGAUCUACCUUUUCGAGAUGCCACUGUUCUUUCCCGAAUUUCCCGUUCGAUCGCCUGAAGAGGAAAUGUCGAAGAUGUGGGUAAAGUUCUUCGUGGAUUUCGCCACAGACGAACUGGUCGACACGGAAGGAACGUGCUUCGGUGCGACGUGUGACGUUGUCACGUAUGACAACACGUACAAUCCGUACUUCCCGGUGAGCAGGAAGAUUACGCGAGGUUUGGAUGAGGAGAUGUACCAAUUUUGGAAGGACAUCUUCGAGGAAGGAGCUGAAGAAACUGAAGGUGAACAGUUCAAUUGUACCAGCGAAAUGUUGCGUACACAUCAAACGGUGGUGUCGUUGUUGUUUCUCGUAAUGCAGUGUGUGGUGUCAUGUACGAGCAGCGGGUACGGAAAUGGCCGGUCACUGAUCGCGGGAGAGAUGCAGCCGGACAGCUCCUGCGAUCGGGAGGAUCAGCCACGUGUUUGCAUUGCGGAAGGAUGUCUGGGUGGCACAUUCAUGCCGGGAAUGGCCGGUGAACAGUUCGAAGCAUUUUUGGGCAUCCCCUUUGCUAAGCCACCGGUAGGAGAGUUAAGAUUUGCGGAUCCCAUCCCCAACGAACCGUGGCCCGACCAGCUGUACAAUGCAUCAUUCGAGCGAUCGAUGUGCCUGCAGCGGAACGAUCUGCUACCGAACCCACCCGUCACUGGUAGCGAAGAUUGUCUCUACCUCAACGUUUACAGACCAAAGGAUUGUUCCGACCCUGCGAGCACCGUCGCCAACUUGCCCGUGAUAGUGUACAUCCACGGUGGAGGAUUCUUUGCCGGCACGGCGAGCCCUUUAGUGGUUGGACCGGAGUACAUAAUGGAUACUAAGCGGGCGAUACUCGUCUCCAUCCAGUACCGACUCGGUGUACUUGGGUUCCUCUCGACGGGAGAUUCAACCGCGCCCGGCAACUUUGGGCUGAAGGAUCAAACCCUUGCACUGCAGUGGGUCAAGCGAAACAUUGCCAGCUUUGGUGGAAGCGAUCAACUGAUCACGAUCGUUGGUCAGAGCGCGGGUGCUACCUCCGUGCACAUGCAUAUGAUCAGUCCACUGAGCCGAGGCCUUUUCCAUCGGGCGAUUAUGAUGAGCGGCAACUCGCUUGUGCCAUGGAAUAUUCCCACCAAGGAUCCGCUAGCAUUGGCCCGAUCCACUGCCAUGGCGGUGGACAUAAUGGGAGUGGAGAGUCUAUCCAGCCAACAGUUGAUUGCGGCACUGCGCCAAACGCCAGGGGAACAUCUCGUCGGUAGUAUAUACAAAUUAAAGCUUUGGUCGGUGGAUCCACUCACGCUCUUCCGGCCAGUAGUCGAAUCGAAAGACUCGCCAAAUGCGUUCCUCAUCGAAGAACCGAAAGAAAGUUGGCUUAAUGGGAAUUAUCAGCAGAUCCCCUACAUGGCCGGAUACGUCCCGAACGAAGGAGCCAUUCGGGCGUUGGCAAUCUUCAAAAAUGAAGAGUUGUUUAACGAGUUGAGGCAAAACUUUAGCACGAUUCUACCGAUCCUACUAGAGCGGCCACCAUCGAAGUCACUGAUUGAGGAGAUACGAUCGCGGUUCCUGAACGACACUACCGACGAGGAUCCGAUCCGACCGGAUAACUUGCAAGCGUUCGUUAAUCUUUACAGCGAGGCUUCAUUCAUCUAUCCGGUUCAGUUGGGCGUAAAAGAGUACAUUACCAUGGCAGACACCGACAUGGCACCGGCCAGUGUGUACAAACUAUCGUACAAAGGCAGAUACUCCUACUCCAUUGUCUACGCAGGCGGUGACCCAGGGGACUAUGGUGUGGUACACUGUGACGACUUGAACUACCUAUUCCGCCAACUGGCCAUCUUCCCCGACUACCCUCCUGGAUCACCCGAGCUGAAGAUGGUGGACACGUUCGUGAACUUCUUCAUCGAUUUUGCCAUCACUGGCCGAGCAGCGCAACUGGCCCCCUAUCGGGAAUGCAAAAACGAGAACCAGGUGCACCAGUCGCUCGACUGUGAUGUGCAGGAGUUUGUCCGGGUCGGUGACGAGGUGCAGGUGAACGUGAUCAACGCCCGCAAUGAGGAAAUGUUUGCCUUCUGGAAGAACUUUUACUGAAACCAAUCCCGCAAGGGGGGGGACACAGGUUCAAUUGUGAUACUUAACAACGAUUCCAAAAUGUCCGACUGGUAAAAUCGGCGGACAUCAUGGGGUACACAGUGCAAAUGUAAGAUAUCGUUCUAUUUCCGAUAGCUGGUUUACCUUUCUUGUUUGUUUCUAUUUUGUUAGGGAUUGUUGUUUUAGAUUAGUUUGUACUUGAUUUAUGACUUUGUUUACAAAGUGUAAAUUGUGCCGGAAAGAGCUGCAAUUGUUAAAAAUACGAAUCGAAAUAAAUGGGAAUGUAA